AUGAGCGAAGCAUUGAGAGACUUCAUGAUGGAUGCCUUCUGUUGCAAAGAUCUCAACAUUGUAAGGGAUGAUGCUGCCGGUCUGAAGCCGUCCUUCUCCAGGUCCCAUUUGAAGCUUUCACCACCAAGGAAUCGUUGGAAAAGCUACACAACAUCAUCGGCGCCAACGUUGCCCAUACGGCAAAUCACGCCGAACUCACCGACUCCGACAUCAACUGCAAGGUCGCCAAGGGGGUACCAGGAAGCUGGCCUUACUCGUGCCAUGAGUUCCAGAUCGUCUCCAAGACGUGCCCCUCCAGUUUUGAAGAUUGAGAGACAACCAAUUGAAUCUCUAUCCCCGAUCCAAAAGUUGAGCGUCUGGGCAUCCACCGCAUAG